AUGCCGGAGACAUCAGAUCUCUCUGGACCUGAAAAGACGUUCCAUCGAUUUGCUGUCUUUGGAGAAUCAUCCAGCAGUGGCAAUGAAAUUACCAACAAGAACUUCUCCAAACUCUGUAAAGACUGUGGCAUCAUGGAUGGCAAGGCAGUGACCUCCACAGAUGUGGACAUUGUGUUCAGUAAAGUGAAGGCCAAGAACGCCAGAACCAUCAACUUUCAACAGUUUCAAGAGGCUAUGAAGGAGCUGGGCCAAAAGCGCUUCAAGGGGAAGAACCCAGAUGAGGCAUUGGAAGAUGUUUUUAAACUCAUGGAAGGCAAGGACCCUGCCACCACCGGUGCUACUAAAGCGACCACGGUGGGUGGAGUAGACCGGUUGACAGACACCAGUAAGUACACCGGAACCCACAAGGAGCGCUUCGAUGAGAGUGGUAAGGGAAAAGGUAUCGAAGGACGGGAAGAGACCACUGACAACUCAGGCUAUGUGAGUGGCUACAAGGGGGCUGGCACCUAUGACAAGAAAAGCCAGUAGAGGGGAAGCCAUCUUCACCUGCUAGUUCCUUGACCCUGUGUUUUUAGCACCAGGAAAUGUAGGAAAUAAUAAACAAUGUGUGUGCAGCA